GGGAUUCAGAGAAGUGAAAGCUGCAAACUUAUUCGCCGCUUAAAAUCUGUGGUACCGUUAUUUUCCUAAUUCCCAAACCUAAUUGCCGGCAAAGUGUUUCCUCUUCCGACGAGCGAACCUCACGCUAUUCCGACGAGCGAACCUCGCGCUAUUCCGACGGAUAUAUGGCACCGCCCCGAGAGCUUCAGGGCUUUUACUAUGAUCCUGAGAAGAACAGGUAUUUCCCCAUCAAAGGCCCCAUUCCGGGCUCUUCUUCUAAACCCAAGAACCCUACUCCCAAAGGUCCUCAAACCCCUUCCAAUCAGUUACAGAGUGGUAGGAGUUCUUGCAGGAAGCUCAGAAACAGAACCUUGCCGAAGCUGCUUCAGGCUAGAGAGUUGGAGGGUCGCCAUGUCAUUUAUCCUCAUUAUUGCAGAUGUAACUUUGCCGAUGAAUAUGAGAAAAUUCAAGCAUCUAAACCUGUGGUCUGGAGAUACCGGGGAACAGAUAAGAUGGGUGUUUGUGCUUUGAAACACUUGCGCGUUGAUGUGCAGACUUUGCAGGGGCAAAUUGAAACUGAUGUUUUAUUGACGGGCAGCAUAAAUGGCUCCUUGAGUUUUUCUGAAGUUGGAGGGGUUGGGCAAUAUUUUGAUGACGGGACAAAAUGGAUAGCAGAUUGUGUGAGGAAUUUUGUUAAAGGGAAAACAUUUGAGCGUGAUGAAGUGCGUAAGCCAGUUUUCAGACCUAAUCGAGCUGCAUUGCUUAUGCCCUCCAGAAUAUCUUGUAUAAGGUUGGGUCCAAAGUGCUCUCCUCAGGCAGAGAAUGAUGGUUCUGUUGCAGGACGUGUUUUAUUUACUACACUGGGAUCAGAAACGUCAGGUGGAUCCGUUUAUACUCUUGGUCUUGUUGAACCGUUAAAUCUUGGACCAGGUAUACUGAACACGUGGAGUGGACUUGAGGAAAUUGCUUCUUUCAGAUGUACCCUUUGGACAGCAGAAUAUGAUUAUAAUAGACACCGGGCUGUAAUUGGUACAAGUUUAGGAGGUGCUUCAGUGGAUCUGGAAACCAGGAUGGAAACAUGGUUUUUACGUUGCAAAAGUGAUGUUUUUGCACAACAAAUUAUUAAUUCUGGAAAUGUGAUUUUAUGUGGGCUUAGAAAUGGGGCCAUUGUCACUGCAGAUUUUCGUGAGAAAAGAGAAAGUCUUUCUGAUAGACUUAUUAGCCAUCGGAUACCAUAUAGUUCAAGCAUUGGAGGGUGUAAAAAGGAAUGGUUGAAGCUCAAAGGAGACAUAUUUCCUUCCCACACAAUUAGGAUGCCUUCAUCUAUAUCUUCUUUGGUGUCACUUCAGUUUGAUGAGCAGUACUUUCUAGCUAGCGCAAUGGAUGGAUCGAUUAGGCUAUAUGAUCAUCGUCUACUUCAGAGGGGUGCUGUUCAAAGUUAUGAAGGGCAUGUGAAUUCUCAUACUCGUAUACAACUUGGUGUCGACCCAACUGAGAGAUUUGUUACGUCAGGUGGAGAGGAUUGCAAACUACGGUUAUGGAGUCUCAAGUCUGGUGAAUUGAUUUUUGAGGAGAAGUUCUCUGAUUCAAUUAUCUCAACUAUGUGCUAUAAAACAUACAGUAGUUGUAAAGCAGAAGAGGGAAACCAAUACAAGCUUGACUCCUCUCAGGGUGCAUGGCUUGGAUCACAUGAAGGACUGUUUUAUAUGCGCUGGUGAUGAGUGUGAAUGGUUCUGCAUCUGCAGGUACAGAACCUCAAGCUGUUGCUGAGCUACCCUAUGCUCACGUGACCGAAAACACGUGAUAAAAAGGUUUUAGUCUAUGGAAAAUGGUAAAUAGGUUAUUUCCGAGAAGAUCUGAUAUAGGGUUUAGAAUUUAGAGUUUAAGAUGAUAACCGAUAACUCGUAGAUAUGUGCUUACAUGGAAAAAAUUCCUGUUAAAGGCUCUUUGGGAAUUAAAGCUGAUACUAGCAGGAGCAAUCACAUAGCAGAGAUGGCCAAUGCUUUGUAGAACACACUAGGAAAGAUAGGCCAAAAAGAAAAAGAAAAGCAUUGUGCUGCUAAUGGCUUUUUAGCACCAAAAGUUUCUAGUUGACGUUGUGCCUCUACUUUGAGAACCAUCAUAUGCAGGCCAGCCUUAGUAGAGUUAGUGGCCAACAUGGUUUUGUUAAUUAGUGGUUAAAAACUUUCAAUAUUUAUUUUGCUUUUAGAAAUUGAAAUCAAAUGGCUUCAAUAAAUUCUGCAAACUUUAUUGAAAUAAAAUGUAAUAACGAUGUUAUUUGUUUUUAA